AAAAAUUACUACGUCACAGAAAUCGUUUCCUGGCUCGGGUUCGCAGACGUUAUUUUCGGCGGAGACAAGCGACAGCGACAUAUUUACAGCUCACCACUGCCCACGCCUGACUCAAUUCCGGUGCAUACGUGCGUCAUAUAUGACUAUCAGAGGGUAGAGGCUAACGGCUAUUUUACCAAACAGGAACACUAUACUACAUCUUGCAGUGUAGUGAUUGUGAAGUGUACCAGCUAUACCAGCAGUUGGAAGCAUAGCAGCCGGACAUUCAAGACUAGAGCUAGCUGAAGUUCAGCGAGAGUGAUUCCUGAGUCAUGGGCAACAGAAUGGAUUGCUGUUACAACAUGCGCUGGUCUUACCAGUGCAUCUUUCCGUGCAUUCGUUUUUGUACAUACACCGGGCGCAGGGUCUGGUACAACUUUGAUGGAAUGGAACAGGUACAGCCACUCGUUCACCUCUAUCACCCCCAAAACAGGGCCAUUAACAGUUUUCCGGAAGGAAUUUACGGAAUAAAUGACGACAACGACAUCCAAAAUCAACUGGACAAUGGCCUUGAUGCUCCUGGCCAACUUGCUGCUUUAUGCAAGUAUGCCUCUGACAACGGCUACACCAUUCGCGCCGUGGGUACGGGAUCAUCGUGGUCUCACCUCACGCACACAAAAGACAUAUUGUUAGACAUGACGGACCUGAAAAAGUUUCUCACACCUGCACCUAGGUCUAGAUCGGACAACGCGAACAAAGAUUACGUCGACAUCGAAGUCCAGGCUGGGAUGCGCGUUGUUGAUUUCGUUGAGCAGUUGGACACCAAAUAUGGCCUCGCGCUUGACAUGAUGGGGAAUUACGCUGGUCAAACGGUCGCAGGUGUAGCGAACACCUCCACUCACGGAUCAGGUUUAUUCAGUGGUACUAUGUCCACUCUAGUGGUGGGUCUUCAUUUGAUCAUAAGCGGUGGAGUCCAAGUAAAGGUACAAGGCGGCAAAGAAACCUUUGAAGUCUGCAAAGGAAAGUUGGACAACGCCGAAUAUGGAUAUGACCCCGUCGAGAUCAACAGUGAUGACGUUUUGAAGGCAUGCGCAGUGGGAUUGGGAAGCAUGGGGAUAGUUUAUUCCAUCACAUACCGCUGCGUUCCCAUGUACAAUCUGGAGGAGAUAAGGAAGGUAGAACACGUGACCUGGGUUUCAUCUGAAGAGUUUGAGGUCCCAGGAAUGUUCGCUCAAAUGUACAAUAACCGUGAAGAUGGAGAGUACUUUUCGUUUUUUGUCAAUCCAUACCCAUUGAAAAGAGGGAACAACAUGGAGAUCGACAUGGCCUACCUGAAAGCCAAGAGAACUGAUCGCCCGCCCCAGUGUCCCGCGUGCUGCGCGUGUUGGUGUGGCCCAGGAGGAAGAGGGAUAGCGGAGAUAGGCUGUUGUCAGACUGACUGCACCGCAUCCUGUCUUCAGGGAUGCGCCAAUUGUUUCGGGAAUUGCUGUCCCAGCUGUAUCCCACACAUCACUAAUUUUGGUUUGUCGCAGUUCUCGCUCAGUACACCGUAUGUGCAAAAGUGGUACAACGUGCUGCAGUUUACGAAAGGCAAUAUUCAUGUUCGUACGGCAGAAUGGUGUUUGCCGUUGGUCCAUCUCAACGAUGCCUUGGCCUUGGUGAUACAGCUGGCUCAAGAUUACGCAUCUAAGCAGCGGCAGUAUUCGUUACUACCUAUUUAUGUGAGACUUGUGAAAACGGACGAUCUGUUCAUGAGCCCUGCGAGCAAGUUCAGACCAGAUGGAUCUACAAGCGAAGAAAACUGCUACAUUGAGGUACCAUUCCUCCCCGGAGCUUUUGGCAUUGACGAGUUUCAAGAGGUGGUGGAAGACGCUCUCUACACAAAGUUCAAGGCGAGGCCACACUGGGGAAAGAACAACCGGCUUAACGACAGGAAGAUCCACGACUGCUACGACAAUGACAAGCUGAAAAAGUGGAAACAAGUGUUCCAGCUGUUCAACAAAGGAGGGCCGUUUAACAACCGUUUUACUCACAACAUGGGGUUUGACUCGUUUCUGAUCGACCAACAACCUACACGCCUGGGAACACAACUUACGGCGGGCACCGCCACCUCCUGCGAGUGAGGAGGGGAGGGGAAGGGGAGGUUGAAGGCAUUAUAUCCGAGAUUUCUCGCCCGCUAAUGACAGUAGUGUUGUAGAGUGAGUAGCAAACACGAUAAAUGAAGGUGUUAAAGGGUUUAUGCGUGACACGCGAUGAGUGCAA